UCGGUUUGAAAAGAGCAGACAAAGGCUUUGAGCUCAGGACGCCCCUCUCUGCCUCUCACUCUGCCCACAAAGCCAACCUAAACUCCCGUCUUUUCCGCUUUUCCCCCCCACUCUGUCAUGGAGCUGCCCCGUAACCAGCAGCGCUAAGACUGCCGCUUCAGCGCUUACUUCCUCCUUCUGAAAUGUACGACCGUCUGGAUCCCCGCUCGGCCGCCGGAGGAAGGCUUUUUGUGGGUAUAAUACGAGGAAGCGUCGUCUGAGAGAAGAGGGAGAGGGGGGAAGGAUUGACGCUUUUACCUCCUCUCCUCCUCCUUCUUCCUUUUGCCCCUUCUGCCUGCUCCUUUUUGGCGGAUAGCGGGGUUCAAGCAGGAAUUAACGUUUUUCUUUGCUUUUUUUACUUUGACAAUAUCUAUUUGAAUCCUGCUGCGCAACCAGACCGGAUCACGUGGCACCAGAGAGAGUUGGAUCGAUUUUGCACAGUUCAGAGUGAGAGUAGGAGUAAAAUAAAACAAGAGCAGCACACAACUCCUGCUUUCUAGUUUUUUUUUUUAUUAAAAAAAACAACAACUGGGACUGUUGUUACUUUUGCAUAAUUUCAAGUGCAGAAGGGGGUUCGUUUUUCAGCCUUGGAGGUGUGGAGUAUUGAUUCUUAUAUGCCUGGGUUUUGAAAAACAAUGGAGACGCACAUUUCGUGCCUCUUCCCAGAAAUUUUGGCCAUGAUUUUCAGCUACCUGGACGUGAGGGACAAAGGCAGGGUGGCCCAAGUGUGCAUCGCUUGGAGGGAUGCAUCCUACCACAAGUCGGUGUGGAGGGGGGUGGAAGCCAAGCUUCACCUCCGCCGGGCAAAUCCUUCCUUGUUCCCCAGCCUACAGGCCAGGGGGAUCCGGAGAGUCCAGAUCUUGUCCCUGCGCCGCAGCCUGAGCUAUGUCAUCCAGGGGAUGCCGAACAUAGAGUCCCUCAACCUGUCUGGCUGCUACAACCUAACGGAUAACGGACUGGGCCACGCGUUUGUGCAGGAGAUCCCGUCUCUAAGGGUUCUGAACCUAAGUCUCUGCAAGCAGAUCACAGAUUCCAGUCUAGGCAGGAUCGCCCAGUACCUGAAGAACCUGGAGGUGCUGGAGCUUGGCGGCUGCAGCAACAUCACAAACACCGGGCUCCUGUUGAUAGCCUGGGGGCUCCACAGACUUAAGAGCCUCAAUCUGAGGUCCUGCAGGCAUGUCUCAGAUGUAGGGAUCGGACAUUUGGCGGGCAUGACCCGGAGUGCGGCAGAGGGCUGCUUGAACCUGGAGUACCUGACCCUCCAAGACUGUCAGAAGCUGACAGACCUGUCACUCAAGCAUAUCUCCAAGGGGCUUACCAAGCUGCGGGUGUUGAAUCUGAGCUUCUGUGGUGGGAUCUCGGAUGCGGGGAUGAUCCACCUGUCUCACAUGACCUCCCUGUGGAGCCUCAACCUGCGCUCCUGUGACAACAUCAGUGACACAGGAACUAUGCACCUUGCGAUGGGCACCCUUCGCCUCUCCGGGCUGGACGUCUCCUUUUGCGACAAGAUUGGGGACCAGACCCUGGCGUACAUUGCUCAGGGACUGUACCAGCUCAAGUCCUUGUCCCUGUGCUCCUGCCACAUCUCAGAUGACGGGAUAAACCGGAUGGUGAGGCAGAUGCACGAGCUGAGGACCCUGAACAUUGGACAGUGCGUGCGCAUCACAGACAAAGGGCUGGAGCUCAUAGCCGACCACCUGACCCAGCUGGUGGGCAUCGACCUGUAUGGAUGUACCAAGAUCACCAAGAGGGGACUGGAGCGAAUCACGCAGCUCCCCUGCCUUAAAGUGUUGAACCUGGGACUCUGGCAGAUGACGGAGAGUGAGAAAGUGAGGUGAUUGGGAGUGUUUUGGUGUGUGUUUGUGUGUGUGUGCGUUUCUUUUUUGGAUGGAAAGGGGUCACAAGGAGCAGGAGGAGUCAGGGUGAAAAGCUCAGCUGGCUUUCUUUUAUUUAAAAAGAGAAAACCCCUCCCUGCAUCCUCCGAUGUAAGGUGAGCCUCUUCCAUUUGACCUGCCUCUUCUUUUCAGCUGUUUAACUUUUCAUUCUGUUGGCCCUGCAGCAUCUAGACUCGUAUCUUAAAUAUAAGACUUCCUGGAAACCCACUAACAAAUCUGAGUUUUAAUAUCUCAAGAAAUAUCUGACCUGAAUUGCAGUAACUUAGCUUAUUUUUCAAACGACUUAUAAUUUUCUUCUUACAAAAACACUUUGAUUCUUGACACUUGCAUCCAUCCAAAAUCCUUUUUUUUAAAUAUAUAUUCAAAGCAAAGACAGGUUGUUGAAACUUAUGAAUGAGAUUUAUUUUUGCUACGAGUUCAGAUUUGAUGACUAAUCGCCGCUACAGCCAUCACGCCUAAUAAAUGUUUGGCUACCUCGUAUGUGGUUGUUUCUUAAAGGAUGUAUACAGUUCAAAACGAAGAUGGAAAGCUGAGAAAUGAGAGACUGGUAGAAAAUGUGCCUAAAGGGACUGUGUCUGCCCCCUCCCCCAUCCCUCCUUUCCUCCCUCCCUUCUUUCAUGAGCAGAGCCAGAGAAAGGAGACCAGUACACAAUCUGACUACCUUUGUUAAUUUAACCCUAUAAACAGCACCCAUUUUCUGUGGAGUUUAGUCCGAUUACAAGCCGACGUCACUUCACAAAAAAAAAAAAAAAAAUCCCAACUCACGCAUCAAAAAAAGGUUUCUUGUGUGUUUGCUUCAUUCUUUAAAAGGAUAAAGUCCAACUUUAAUGUCCUUUUUUGGCAGGAUUAAGAGCAUACCCCGUGGCAAAAAUACCUAUAAUUGUUUUGCUAUGACUAGGCAUGGGUCGGUAUCAGAUUCUUUGCACUUUUCCUUAUAAGAUAAGUAAAAAUGCAAACAUUUUAAACUGAUAAACAUUGCUUUCAUUCAAAAAAGUAAAGCAACAAAUAUUCUUAUUGCUGCAAAUUGGUUUUGACACAUAGAUAAAGCAAAAAUAGAGAUGCAUCUUGAUCCUGGGGUCAAAUAUAGAAUAUACUUUUUGGUCUGUAAAUGUAUCAGCAAAAGAGUAGGUACUUUGAUGCACUUUUUAAUUUAACAAAACUUACAUUCAAAAUUAGAGAUAUGUACUUGAUAUCUGGUCAUCCUAUAGUUUUCUUUCCUGGACUUAACUACGCCCAAUAAUCAAUAAAAGCUGCACCAUAUUUUUUUGCUGUUUUAUGCGUUUGUCAGGAAACAUCAGAAUCGGCAGGUCAGGCCACAAAAGAGAAAUUGGGGUUGGCCAGUUAAGGCCUAAUUGCUGCACCUUUGGAGGAGAUGUCUGCUGAAAUGAGUCAUUUUUCAUGAGUGGUUUUACUGCAGUUUUCACGCCAUCAUUGUUUUUCACAACCAGAAAUAUCUAAGACAGUUGUUUUCAUAAGCCAAAUGAAAUAAUAGGUUGGAAAAACAUUAGAAUUUGCAGGUCUUUUUUUUAUUUAACCAGAAAUUGGUAUUGGCUGGUAAAAGCCAGAUUGGUGCAUCUCUAUAAUAAGGGUCUUUUGGCACUUCUUUAGUUCCCACAGCAUUAUGGUCUGUGUAUUUCCGAAAAGCCAAAUGUGUCUUUCUGAUAAACAAGGUGAACAUUGCAGAAGCAUUUUUUUUCCCAGCCAGCUGAUUGGCAGUGUGCAGCGACAAGUGAUGUAGGGGUAGCACUGCGUUACUCUAUCCUCCAUGCAGCCAGAUUUAUUGAAAAGGUGUUUAAAUCGGAGAAAAGAAAAGAUCGGUUGUGACAUUUUAGUGAUUUCAAAGCUGCAAGAUCUUGGUAUAUCUUAAUAACAACCGGGCCAUGCCUGCUUAUGACACGGACAAGAAAAGGGUAUAACAGUUAUGUUAAACCUUGUAGGUCCUGUUGAGCUGUAGGUGUUUUUGUAAGGCAUGCUGGUGGAGAUGAGUGUCCAGAGUACUUCAAAUUGAAGUGAUUUCUAUGUCUUACCCUUUAUUAAUCGUAACAAAUCAGGGUUUGUCUUGUGCUCUUAUUUUCCCACAUUAGUACAGACGCACUCAUAUUCAUGUUGCCCUUACCGGUGCACAGCUUUCCCUUUCCCCCACGCCCCCCAUUUGUACCCUCUUCUUCAUCUCUCUGAAUAAAAAUACCCUCCGAAUCAAUUCUGAGACAUGCUUAGAAUAAAUAGCAAUCGAUUUCCCCCCCCGACUUCCUCGCUCCCUCGAGUUUUGGGUUGCAACGAGCAGAAUAUACGUCUUUCUUUCCCCC